CACUAUCCCUUUAGGUAUUUCCAUAUUAUGUUACUUUAAACUUCCACACCAUCUCAGGGUUGAAUAUUAUAUUAAUGUUAUAAUAUUAUUACUUCCUGUCCAGUGAAAACCACGUAUCUCCAGAUGCACUGAUGUUGAAAUGUUUGUUAUGAACAGAAGGAUGAACUGUUCCUCUAUGUGUUGAAAAAAUAGUCCUCCUUCUUAAGCUAAAUAAUCUCUAUAAACCCUCUUGGAUCAGCUGGAAAAUGUAUUGUCACAGAGCUGAAAACAGCCUGCAGUAAUAUUAAUCCAGGAACGUCAGAAAUAACAGCAAAACACUGACAGUGUGGAACAGAUUACUAAAAUGUACAUUCUUUUACUUUAACUACUGUAAGUUGCUGAUUAUUUAUACUUUUACUUCAGUGAGGUUUUAAAUGCAGGACUUUUAAUUGUAGUGGAGUAUUUCCACAGAGUGCAUUACUACUUUUACAGCAGUAAAUGAUCUGAGUACUUUAGAUAUGCAAUAAUAAUAAAAAAGAGAUGACUCUCUGUUAGUCACUCUUUUUAUUUGAUGAAACAUAAGAACAUGCAAAUAGAAUAAUAAGAAAAGAGCCUGUGGUUUAUCACACCAAACAAAAAUACUAUAAAACAGAAACAUAUUAAGUGUCUUGGUUGCUUUUUUGUUCGCUGAAUUAGAAAGUAGUUAGAGCUCAACGUCCUUCAGGAUAAAUACAAAAUAUUUUUUAUUGCUAAAUUCACAUUUAGUGAUAAAAAAUAAUGUCAGCAUCACUAUCAAAUUUAUUAUAAACAAAAUAUUUGUAUGUAAUUUUGUCCAUAUAUUUCCAUAACAUGUCUUACGUCAGGCUAGUGGAAAGAAAAUGUCCAGAACACAUAUUUAUGUUCAGAUUUCUAUAGUGGAAAUGUACUGAAAAACACAUUAUUGACUACAUAAUGCCUCAUUGGAAUAUGUAAACAUAACAUUUCAGAGAUCUUGUAACAUAGAAAAUAAUUGUCAUAGUGUAAGUAAUCAACUAGGGAAGUUUCAUGGUGAUAUCUAUUAGUUAAAAUUUGUACCCUAAUGUCUUCUGUCUAAAAAUACAAUGCAAUACAUAUCUUUAAAGGUCAUUUUCUCAAAGUGAACAACAAAGUACUAAAUAUAUGGCAAAAUGUACAUCAUAUAAAGUUAUAUUUAAACAUAUAUUCAUGUAAUAUUUAAACAUAAACAUUUCAGCACACUUGUAAUAUAAAAAAGUUGUCUCACUAUAACUCAACUUAGCUUUAUUUAUAUAGCACUCUUCAUACAAACAUGUAGCUGUAAGUGCUUCACAAAGCAAAACUGAAAUAGUUGUUUGUUUUAUCCUUUAAAUUGUCUGUAUCAUUACAGUUUUGCCAUGUGAAGCAUUUUGAGAUGCAUGUUUGUAUGAAAGAUGCUAUUUGAAUUAAGUUAAGGAAAAAAACUAAUUAAAAGUUUAUAGAAUAAAAAUAAAUAUAUAAAUAAAUAGAUAAAUAAAAAAUAACGGCAGGGAUAAGAUAAGGUAAAAACCAAUGAUUAAACUUUAAAUGAAGACUGUAAUUCACCUUAAAAUUAAAAAAAAAACAGAUUAAAAAGGUUUAAUUGGUUUUACUUUUAAAAAAUACUGAAAGAGCUUGCCAUUUCAAUAUCUUUACUGUCUUUACUCUAAGUUCAUUGUGCAAUGUAUUAGUUAAAAAUGUUUCCCUAUUCACCUGCAGUGUCUCCAAAUUUUGGUGGAGAAAGGGUUUAAUCUAUAAAGCACUUUGGGUAUGAAAUGUGCUAUGUAAAUACAUUUGCCUUGCCUUGGCUGUAAGGAACUAAAUAGCAUAUUUUCCUGCAGUAAUGUAAAGUUGAGCUGAAGUGAAUAUUGAUGAGAAAAGGAGCAGUUGGUGUUUAUGUGUUUGGUAAGUGUUGUGAGUCACCCCUGUGUAAUAAUAAUAAAGAAGAGUAAUUAUGUAUAUUUCCAGAUGUUAGUCACUCAUUAUGAAGUCUCUGCUGGGAGAGGCCCGGCUGUCCCAAACCACACGACCCGCGCAUGCGCAGAGCUGCGGCUCUCCACCACAUUGAACUCUCGGAAGUUUAGCCAAGUUGAUUUAGCCCAACAGGCUAGCAGCAGAAAACACGGUCCGACCGCACAAAACUUGGUUUUCCCCGAGAAAAAAGUGCUUUUGGACGGAACCUGUUCCCCCGCAGUGAACCCCGGAGUACUACCGAUGGAUUUAAACCGUUUGUCGUCGUUUAAUCUGCGCGAACAGGAGCGUUAGACCCGUCUGAAAGAAGUUGUGAUUGUUUUUUUGGCGCUCUAGCAGCGCAGAGGAAAGAUGGAGGAUCUGCUGGUGUAGCAGCGGGCUAACGCUAGCUGGUUAUUGGUUUACUGGAGCUGCCUCACCACUGAGUGGAUGUCCGGAAAGUUUGGAGGCUGUAAUCCGACACACUGACGGUAGCUGCUGUUCAUGUUAACAGAUAAACUUAAGCAUGAGAGUCCCUCGGGCUCUGAGGAUGGAACCAGGGCUACUGGAGGCAGGAUCUAGAAAUCAGAUGGUGCUCUGAAGAAGCCAUGGGUAGCUGUUUAAGCUGUCCAGAGAAAGAGUCAAUUCCAGAUAAUCAUCAAAGUAAAUUCAAGGUGAUAAACGUGGACGACGAUGGGAACGAGUUGGGCUCAGGUGUGAUGGAGCUUACCGAUGCUGAGCUCGUCCUCCACACCCAUCGCCGUGACGACGUCCGGUGGCCUUACCUGUGCUUACGGCGCUAUGGCUAUGACUCAAACCUGUUCUCAUUUGAGAGCGGCCGCCGCUGCCAGACGGGUCAAGGUAUUUUUGCCUUCAAAUGUUCUCGAGCUGAAGAGAUCUUCAACAUGCUGCAGGAGGUGAUGCACAGCCACAGCAUCAGCGUGGUGGAGGAGGCGGUGCUGGAGCCCAACCACCAGGCAGCACACACUCCUGCAGCUCUGGGUUACUCUGUGCCCACGGUGCCUAACGGUGUGACCAGGAUCCCGUCUGUGGGUGAGGCACCGUCUCACCCCUCCACCCGUCACCCAUCUGUGGCCAGCACCCGUCUGCCCUCUGUGGGAGAGGAGUCCACUCACCCUCUGCUGGUGGCUGAUGAAGCGGUUCACACCUAUGUGAACACCACGGGGCUCCUGGAGGACCAGCCCAGCCCUCUGACUGUCACCACCCCUCUGGAGAGUCCCACCUCUCCUCAGUCUCAGUGUCCUCCGACCCCUCCGCCUCCUCCAAGGGUCCGCACCGAGCCGCCGGCCCCGCCUGCUCAGCCGGAGCCCCAGGUGCUGCUGGAGCCUCAGGGGGUUCGCUUCGUGCUGGGCCCCACCCCUGUUCAGAGGCAGCUGAUGGAGAAGGAGAAAAGACAGCAGGAGGCCAAGGAGGCCGAGGAGCCCCGAGACACUAACGGCCACACCGAGGCCCCCGUCGAGGCUGAGCCGGCCCCCCAGCUCUCCAACGGCUCCUCCUCCAAUCCCUCCACAGCUCCUCGCCGCCACCGCCCACCCCCCCUCACCCCCGACCUGCAGAAUGUCAACAACUCGGCCCAGCGGCGCACCGCCCUGCUGGACUACGAGAACCUGCCGGCACUGCCGCCGGUGUGGGAGGCGAGGAAGCCGAGCUCGGAGGAGGAGGAGAACGGCUGCAGCGGCCUUAAAACGCCAUCGCUCAAUGGCUACAAUCACCACCCCCACCAUGGCCUGCUGCACCACUCCUACUCCCACCCUCUGUCCGCUGCCCUCGAGUCUUCACACAACUACGUCAACACAGAGAAUGUGACGGCGCCGCUCAGUGCCCACCGGCCUGAAACGGCACGGCGCCGCACAGACGGACCGACCAUCUUCAACUUCGACUUCCGCCGGCCGCCGCUAUCGGGUCAUCCAGAGCCGCCCAAAACGCUCAACUACAUCGAGGUGGAGAUGGACAACAGUGCGGGGAACAAGGGCGCUUCAGAUGGCAGCAACCCCCACACGCCCCGCACCCCCACCUCCCCGCUGCCCCCCACUACCCCCACCCGCCGCACCGAGCUCUACGCCCUUAUCGACAUCGAGCGCACUGCCGCCAUGUCCAACCUGCAGAAGGCCCGGCCGCGAGACGACGGCACGUCACGCAAGACGCGACACAACAGCACGGAGCUGCCCACCAAAAGCACUGCGUGACACGCACCUUCCACUUCCUGUUAACCAUUUGUGUUGUUUGAUAAGACGGACGGAGCUUCUUUAUAUUCCCACAAGGAGACAGUGACAGACUCCACCAAGUCUUACAUGACUUAAUGACUUCCUGUGCGGCCACCUUCGCAAGUGGGCCGUCACAAAUGAACCUAGGUACUUGCCAUAUAGCGGUUUCUUCCUACGGUGAUGUAAUACCUCUGUCGGGUUGAUGUUAAUGAGACUGGACUGCAUUCCUCUCCUUAUAUGGUACAAAUCAGUAUUACUGAACAAAGCAUUCCAUUUAGCCUUUUUAUAUGAUUCACUACAUGCUGCUGUAAUUCAGUAUCUAAGGACGACAUGGUACACCACAUUAUGUUUCUGAAUAUGUACAGUAGAUUCUGGCACAAUAAAUGUCUGUUCUGUUUUUAUUUGUACUCGUGGAGAAGAGGCUCAGCUCAUCAUUCAAUUCAGUGAUCAGACACACACGUCACAACACGUAUCCAGAAUCUCAGCAUUGCAUUGUUAACUUUUCAGAUUAGUCAGAUAUAUUGAGUAAUAGGGCUGGGUUAAAAUAAUCGAUUCAUUCAUUUCAAACUGAUCAUUUGAAUGAUCCGGAUUCUUAAAAUCUGAGCUUGAUCUUCUAAAAUAUUUUUAAACCAGUCCUAGAGCUGAAAUAGUAAAAGACUUCAGUAUUGAUCGAUGAUACCGGUUCUUUUAUCUGUACUUUUGAAUGUUUUUUUUGUUUUUUUUGCAGUUUAUUAUCACACUGCAGCCUCUCCCCUGCUCUCUCGUCCCUUUUCGACAGUCAUUGCCUGGCUUGGUUUGGCUUGGCUCGGUUUGGGUUGGUUUGGUUUGGGCUGUCAGCCCAGCACAACAGGGAUUUGCAUUUCCAUUACAACAUGGCUACCUCCUUGAAGGUGUGUCUUUAACUGAUGACGGCUGACGUUUUAAAGCAGCAGGCUGAUCCACAGCUAAAGUCCCCUGUUAUUUUUGCUACAUGUGUUUUUCCACAGCAGGGCCGGUAAAAGAAGUUUACCUGUUGGAGGUGAGCUGUUUGCAGAGGUGCAGUUCCUCAACAUCUCACUGUGGCUGUUUCUGAUCAUACUCUUCCUCCCCGCUGUAUUAUUAGACUUGUCUUUAUUGAAGAGAAGCUGCUAACAAAGUUUUGCUUAUUCAGUAAUAACACAUUUCAUUUCCUAUAGAUUCUUCACAAUAAAAGCCCCUCAUUAUUUUGUUACGUAAAAACUUUUAUCGUGAAGCAGCAAAAUAAGGAAAUGUUGAGCUUUCCAGCAGCAACUUCACACAUCCUCUAAUAUGUCUGAAAGGGAACAUGAAACAGUAAAAUAAAGCAGAUAUCUAAAGGAAAAACAGGACGUAGGAGGAAACUAAACUCCAAACCACAGAGAUUCAGUUAGAAGUUACAGAAGUACUGAGAGACUUUUAAAAGUGCCUUUC